AUGGGACGCCGACAAAAUGAAGAGAAUGGCGGAACACAUUUUAACAUCAGAAGUCAAGACUGGGACAAUGACGAACACCGCGGUUUCAGCUGGGGUGCCCAUGAUGACCUCAGCUUCCGACUUUUAGGAGAUUUUCUACUCGAAAAUAGACCAAAACAGGUCGAAAGGGCCAGACAAGGAGAGCCCAAAGUGCCCAUGUUCGUCACGCAUUACACCAUUUCGAGUCAUGAGCCUUAUGACUCACUGCCCAAGUGGUACGAAGAGUCCGAGAAACCAGACUUUUCGGCCAUGUACGAAGGUGAACAGCACGCAGACAGGGUCAAAAGGUACAUGAACGCGCGGUAUUUUACCGAUACGGAACUCGGCAAGUUCAUGGACCGCAUGCACAACGAGGGAUUCCUCCACGACACCAUCGUUGUCAUCUUUGGAGACCACGGACAGGCACCCGAGGUUGACAAGUUUAACGUGCACGAAGAGUCUGCGACGCGCGUACCUGCCGCUAUCAUUGCUGAAGGGCGAUUGGGUAAUGCUGUGGGGCUUGUGCUUAAUGACGUAGCCGAGCAGUACGAUCUUCUAAAUACUCUCGCAGACAUUACUGGGUUACCGAAGGGAGGAUUCCAGCAAAAUGGCGUCGGUCGGUCACUGAAGCGUAAAGCUUCUUCCAAAAAGCAUGUCGUGUAUAGUAACGACCCGCUGCGCAAGAUGGCGAUUGUACGAGGCCACGAGCGUCUUCGUUAUGACGAAAUUACAGACUCAAUGAUGCUGCACGACACGGAAACGGACUUCCACAUGACAACGGAUCUGUUACCGCUCCUUAAACCAGAAGAGCGUGCUGAGUGGGAAGCUUUGCGAGAGGAUGGACGUCGCAUUACCGCAUACUUCAAGAAGCGGUGGGACGAGAACUGUCUCCUCGCAGUCCAGUGCGAGACCCUUAGUUGA